ACACCUCUUCAGUCCAUCCAGCUAUAAGAAAAAACCUUCUUCGGCCCCAUCCGCAAUGCGUGAUCCUGUGUUUGGCAGUAUAAAAUAUUCACAGUAAAUGAUGACGUGGCAUAUUCUUAUUGGCCUAUGUAAAAGGUUGCUUUUAGGAUGCUCCGUAGGCUAGUCAUUCUCGUCCCCAAAUUCACCAUCCGACGCCCACUCUCCCCGGCAAGCCCUAAUCUCGUCAAUCCCUGCCACGGCCGAUCGAUGGCCUCUCCCGACGGCAACCACCGCCACCCCGAGACCAACGGCGAGGCCAAGCCACCCGCGCCGAAGAAGCAGAAGCUCUCCACGUCCAUCACCGACUCCGAGAUCCAGUCCGAGUUCUCCCACCACGACGCCUCCGUCGCCCGGAUCAACAACGGCAGCUUCGGGUCCUGCCCCCAGUCUAUCAUUUCCGCCCAGCAGCGGUGGCAGCUCCGGUUCCUCCGCCAGCCAGACAGCUUCUACUUCAACGACCUCAAAGCCGGCAUCCUCGAGUCCCGCGAGUUCAUCCGCUCCCUCAUCAACGCCGACGAUGUCAGCGAGGUCUCCAUCGUCGACAACGCGACCACCGCCGCGGCGGUCGUGCUUCAACAGAUCGCAUGGGGCUUCACCGAGGGGCGGUUCCAGAAGGGCGACGUCGCUGUGAUGCUCCACUACGCGUACGGGGCGGUGAAGAAGUCCAUGGAGGCAUACGUCACGCGCGCCGGCGGCCGCGUUGUUGAGGUCCAGCUUCCUUUCCCGGUGAGUUCGAAGGAAGAAAUAAUCACCGAGUUCAGGCGGGCUCUGGAGAGAGGGAAGGAGAACGGGCAGAGAAUUCGACUAGCCGUUAUCGAUCACGUCACGUCGAUGCCGAGCGUCGUGAUUCCGGUCAAAGAGCUGGUCAAGAUUUGCCGGGAAGAGGAUGUUGACCAGGUUUUCGUGGACGCGGCUCAUGGGAUUGGGUGCGUUGACGUUGAUGUGAAGGAGAUUGGGGCUGAUUUCUACACCAGCAACCUCCACAAGUGGUUCUUCAGCCCACCGUCGGUGGCCUUCUUGUAUUGCCGGAGAUCGGCCAAGCUCUCCGACUUGCACCACCCCGUCGUCUCCCACGAGUAUGGCAAUGGGCUGGCCAUUGAAAGCGCCUGGAUCGGCACUCGCGACUACAGCGCACAGCUUGUGGUCCCUUCGGUCUUGGAGUUUGUCAACCGGUUCGAGGGCGGGAUCGAAGGAAUCAAGAAGCGGAACCACGAGCAAGUCGUGAGGAUGGGGGAGAUGUUGGCUAAAUCAUGGGGAACGCAGCUCGGGUGUCCGCCUGAUAUGUGCUCUAGCAUGGUGAUGAUAGGGUUACCGUGGUGUCUGGGGAUCACGAGCGAGAGGGAUACCCUCAAAUUGAGGGUGCAUUUGAGGGAUCGCUUCGCGGUCGAGGUCCCGAUAUAUUACAGGGCGCCUAAGGAAGGGGAGGUUGACCCAGUUACAGGUUAUGCAAGGAUUUCUCAUCAGGUCUAUAACAAGGUCGAGGACUACGAAAGGUUCAGGGACGCGAUUAAUAAGCUCGUUGGUGAUAAGUUCACCUGUGCGUCUCUCUCGGCUUGAGAUGAGUUACGCGGGUCGUAGAGCAUUGUCUGUCCAGAUGAAUAAGUGCUGCUGUAAUACUCAGCGCUCGGCUUGCUUGCUCGGUGUUGUCAUGGUUUAGUUACCAUGGCACUCCCGAAAGAUGUAGAUAUGCUAUGCAAAGAACAAAGGGCCAGAAGAGAUGUAUGAUGACUGUUUAGUUCUUCAGCAUUGCAAUGACUAGAUUGCGGGGAAGACCUGUCUGUGUUUUCGAAUUUGCAGCAAUUGCUGAUCUGAACUUUUCUCUGAAUCAUUGUUGAAAAGAUGAACAGUCUAUGAAGGUCUUUACUUCUCAUGGCUUUUCGUUGUGAAUCGGAAACAGUAUAUACUAUC